UUUUUUGGGGUCAUUUCCUUAUCUCAGAAUACGUCGCUAGACUCUGUAGAAAUGAACUGAGAUCUGCAAAUUCUUUCUAGGUUUGGCAUUAACUUGCAAAUGGAUCAGUCUUGUUAAUUUAGAUUUGAUUAGGAGCACCUGAGGUGAAUAAUUGAAGAGUUUCUCAAUAUUGCACGUUUCGGGAACUUGAGGGUCUUCAUUGUACACAGACAUGCUCAAGGUCCCUGAUCACCAGGUUGCAGGACACAAAGCUGGUAAUGGGAAGCUUGGUCCCCUUGUAGAUAAUUCUGGACGUUUCUACAAGCCUCUUCAGGGUGAUGAGCGUGGAUCCAAUGAGGUUUCUUUCUAUGCAUCAUUUUCUUCAGACACCAGGAUCCCUGUCCACAUCCGCAGAUUCUUCCCGAAUUUUUAUGGCACUCAGCUUGUAGAGGCCUCCGAUGGAUCUGGCUUGCAACCUCAUCUAGUUUUGCAAAAUCUUACUUUAGGUCAAGUUAAUCCAUCGAUAAUGGACAUUAAAAUUGGUUCAAGAACUUGGCCGCCUCAAGCAACCGAGGAUUAUAUCCAUAAGUGUUUGAAGAAAGAUAGACAAAGUACUAGCAUUCCGUUAGGAUUCAGGUUUUCAGGGUUGCAAAUUUAUGAAAGCAAAGAAUCUGGAUUCUGGAAGCCGGAGAAGAGGUCUAUUAAGUGUCUUUCAGCUGAUGAAGUUAAAUUAAUUCUGAGAAAGUUUGUUUCUUCUCACGUGUCUGAAAAAAUGGAUUUGAAACCAGAUUGUACUUUUGCGUCUGUUGUUUAUGGUGGUUCAGCAGGUAUUUUAGCACAAUUAUUGGAGUUAAAAGCAUGGUUUGAGGAUCAAACUAUUUAUCAUUUUUAUUCUUGUUCUGUUCUUAUGACAUACGAAAAAGAGCUAAUAUCAUAUGGAAAGAGCCCACAUGCCGAGAUCAAGCUCGUUGAUUUUGCACACGUUGUUGAAGGCAAGGGCGUUAUUGACCACAACUUCUUGGGUGGGCUCUGCUCGUUAAUAAAGUUCAUUUCUGAGAUCCUUACCAUGCCAGAUGAGCGCACAACUGAAUCUUCUUCGGAAGAUUUUCAGAAGAAUGGGAUUUCUGAGGGUGGUACUCCUUGAACAAUGGAUACUUAUCAGUUAGGUGCACUUGGUAUUUGUUUAGUGACAGUAUCUUGAUGGAAGUAUGGAAUAAAGACUGUAAUACUUUUUAAACUGAAAUUAUUUCCGUUGAAUUUCGAAUUUCAUGCAGCUGUUUUUCUU